AUGGAAGACCUGUUGAAACAGGACCUCAACUUCCUGGAAGGCAGUAGCGAGAGGGAUGAAAUGGCCGCUUUUGGAAAAUCUGUCAACCACUACCAGGAUCAUGGUGUAGCUAUUGGGAGGUCGCUGAGGCACAGGGAGAGGAUGGGGCUUGCCAGCUGGAGCAUUACGGGGACUUGGAGAGGGCUUUCGACCAUGUCCCCCGGGGAACCCUGUGAGGGGUACUGCGGAAGUAUGGAGUACCGGGGCCGUUGUUACAAGCCAUCUGGUCCCUGUAUAACCAAGCAAAAGAAAUGCCUGAGCGGGAGUCUGUAUUCGCUAACGUUCGUCCCGUCGUCGUCGGACACUUCACUUCAGUCUGCUCCAGUGUGCUGUGCCAGUAGAGGUGUUCAUGCUGCAGAAUCUGUGCUGGAGCUCCUGCAGCAUCUUGGUAACCUGGGGGUAAGGAGUGCGGAGGAUUUUGAAGUGAUCACUGAAGAGGACAUAAAGCUCGACCAGCUGACUGUUGUUGACUGCAGGAGACUAAUCAGAGCCUUACGAAAAGGGCGCAGAGGAAAAGCACGUGAAAUGGGAAUUCCCGUCACUACGAACACAAACGAUUCAAUCAUUAGACCAGCGGGCUUUUACGUUAUUGGAUUUACUUAUUUAAAGUUUGCUUAUUUACAUUUAAUCUUCCUCGGCUUCAUUUAUAUUGUAACGGUUUUGUUCAACUCUUUUCUUAUUUACAUUAUAUGGAUGGAUCAUCGCCUACACACUCCAAAGUACAUUGCUGUGGCUAAUUUAGGGGUUGUCGACUUGAUGAGCAGUACAUCCUGUAUUCCUAGUGCGAUCAAGACUGUUAUCACGAAAGAUACAUUCAUGUCCUACAAUGCAUGUAUGACACAGAUGUUUUUCUAUUAUGUUUCAGUCUUCCUUGAGUCAUUUUCCCUCAGUGUACUUGCCUAUGACAGGUUCAUUGCGAUAUGUUUCCCAUUGAGACAUAGUUCCAUCAACACUCCCACAAGCAUGUUUUGUAUUUUAGCGAUUGUUUGGUCGCUUUGUUCUAGCAUUAUGUUGUUCUUGGUCUUGCUCUUACCAAAACUGUCCUUUUGUGAUUCACUCAUUGUGUCCAAUUUUAUUUGUGAGUAUGCGGCCGUAGCCAGUCUUGCGUGCAACGAUAGCACACUGCAAUGGGCCGCUGCCUCUUCUGUGGGUAUGCUGGUCUUGUUUUUGCCACUUAGUUUAAUCGUCUUGUCAUACGGUUGUAUUUUGCGAGUGGUGUUCAGAAUGAAGACUGUUGAGAGCAGGUACAAAGCACUUGCAACGUGUACAGAACACCUCGUCGUUGUGGCGAUUUUCUAUGUGCCGACCCUAACGGUGUACAUCAUUGAACUGUUCUUAUUCCUCCUCGAGCCAAACGUCAAAAUGAUUAACUUGUCCGUGGCCUCAUGUUUCCCCUCCUGUCUGAACCCCAUUGUGUAUUCUCUGGCAACCAAAGAAAUCAGGAACAGAAUAUUGGCAAUGCUCCAGAAAGGCAAAGUAGCAGUGUGGGCAGGGAAGGCGUCGAGCUGA